GAGACAGAGAGAGAAAAAGCCCUGUGAUUUUUGUUGCGCUUUUCUUCACUCGUUCAACUCAAAUUUUACACGGUGUUCGGCAUUUAACCCUAACCGACCCGAACCGCGACCCGAGUCCCUCACGGAGCUUCCCGUAAUUUUGGUCACAUUCGAUCUCUGCGAUCGAAGAUUCCUUUUCUCCGGUGGAGACUAACUGUUACGACGUCUCUAUUUGUUUUCUCUGUUAGGGUUUCGGAGUCUUAUUCAACUACUCGACUGCUUCCUUCCAAAAUUAGGGUUUCCGCUUCUGAUUCGAAUUCGCCUAAUAGGGUUUCGGGAUUUGCUUCCGCGAUGCCGCGCAGUUCGAAGCAUAAAUCGAGCAAACACAGUUCGAGGGAUGCGAGGGAGUACUCUGACUCCGAGAGAGAUUCCGGCCUGAAGGAUCGGAAGAGCAAGGACGAGAGCGCCGCGAAGGCAUCGAAGGAUUCGAGUUCUGUUGAGAAGCGGAGGCUGGAUUCGAAGGACGUGCACGGGAAUGGAGAGUAUUCGGAUGAGUAUGCUUCUUCCUCGAAGCGGCGUAAGGAAGGUGGAGGAGAUAGGUGGAAUGGCGGCGAGGAAGGAUCGAAGAACUCGAAGGCGUUGAGGGAUUCGAAGAGUAGGAGGAGGGAUGGGAGUGUUGGAGUGUACGGUGAGGGUGAGGAUGUCAAGAGGAGUAGCGGCAAGAGCGACGGGAAGCAUAAGGAUUCAUCAUCUUCGGGUCGAAAGGAGAGCAGAGAAGGUGGGGCCGAGAAGGAAAAGGAAAGGAAGUUCAAAGAAGGUAGAAGCGAGGAAUCGGUUGAUGGCCAAGAACCCCGCGUGACCAAGCAUGUGUUUGAAAAUAAUGAUUCAAAGAAAAUAGAUGAGUUGCGAAGCCCUGAACUUGAUAACCAGCUCGAGAGGCGAACAAGGAAGAAGAGGGAUGGCUAUGGUGAUGGUGAUAAGCAUCAAGAUGAUGUCGGAGAUGGUUAUGAUAGACAUUUGUCUUCUAGGGAUGACACUGCCAAGGAGGGAAAGAAAAAGGAUGAUAGGCGAAAAGAUGAGAAGUAUCGAGACAAGUAUUUGGAAGAAAUGGACAGGGAGAACAAACAUCGACAUGACAAGCAACGGGUUGAGCGUCCUGCAAGAGAUCAUCCUACUGUUAGGUCUGAUGAUAAACAUGCAAGGGAAGAAAAAAAUAAUUUUGAAUCUCGACAUAAGAGAACCAAGCUUCUAGAGAGUGACAGGGACCAUAAUCGUGAUCGUGAUGGAGAACGAGACCAUGAUUUGGAAUUUGUUCGUGAUCGUGAGCGUCACAAUGAACGAAAUCGUGAUCGUGAUUAUGAUCUUGACAGGGAUCAUGUUUAUGACCGAGAUCGAGAUUGGGACUGGGAUUGUGAUCGAGAUCAUGAUCGGGACCGAGACAAAGACCGUGACCGUCACCGUGAUCGUGAUGGGUCACAUGGGGAUGAUAGAAGUACUAGAGGCAAAGAGAGUGGGACAAAGAAAAGAACUUUGGAUGAUCGUGCUGAUUAUAGUGACUCAAAAUCUAGAGUUGCUAAGAGCUACUAUUCUGAUGCAGAGAAGAGGAGUUUAAGCAGCACUAGAGCUGAUUCCGAUGUUGACCGGGGAAGACCUCGACCUCGACAAGCUCAUGCAGAUUCAAUUGGGACUAGCAAUAAACACAGAUCUCCUGCCUCAAAUACACACAUUGGCAAAGAUGAAUAUAGAAAUGCAAAUGCUGAAGAUCCAAAUUAUAGAGGCUCAACAAUAGAACAGAGAACCAAAAGCUCAAGAGAGGGUUACUCUGGGAUAUCAGAUGGAGGUCAUAAAUACAAAUUAAUGGAAAAACCCAUUAAAAUUGAUGAAUGUCCUGCAGGUGACUUGUCAACUGAAAGGCCUUCCAGUGCUAAGGCUUCACCCAUGGGACUGAUGGAAAGAUCUCCUUCAUCAACUAGCAUCGAACGCAAGUAUGGGAAUAAAAGCAGUGUUAGGCGGAAUCUUGAAAUUGAUGAAAGUGGAAGGAGAAGCGGUACGGAUGCAAGAGAUUUCUCUACUUCUGAUGAUAGACUUGGCCGGGAGUCGACUCUUGAGAAACCACUAUUGGAUGAGCCCUCUCAAGCAGAUUCAUCCAUUUAUGGUAGGACUAAUCAGAGCAAUGCAUCAUUGCUUCCUCUUCCACCUGGUUUCAGGGCUGCACUAGACAGACCUUAUAUGGGUUCUUUAGAGGAUGAUGUUAGAGAUAACUCCAAUACACGAUACAGAAGAAGUAAUGAACCUGGUUUUGGAAGAGUGCAUGGUGGCAAUUCUUGGAGGGCAGUUCCAAGCUGGACGUCACCAGUACCAAAUGGCUUUGUUCCCUUCCCUCCUGGGCCGGCUCAUGGAGGUUUUCAACCGAUGAUGCCACAGUUUACGUCUCAACCUCACUUUGGUGUUAGGCCUCCAAUGGAAGUUAACCAUGCUGGCAUUCCUUACCAUAUUGCUGAUGCUGACAGGUUUCCAGGUCGCUUGCGCCCACUUGGGUGGCCAAAUUUGAUGGAUGGUGCAGGACCCGUUCAUAUGCAUGGAUGGGAUAGCAAUAAUGGUGUCUUCAGAGAUGAUCCUCGCAUGUAUGGUGGCUCUGAUUGGGACAGGAACAGGCAUUCAACAAAUAGUCAUGGUUGGGAAUCUGGUUCAGAUACUUGGAAAGACCAAAAUUGUGAUUCAAAGAAGGACUUGCCCUCCCCAGCCUGCAAAGAUGAAUCAGUUCCUGCCCUGUUUGAUAACAGUUUGAAUGUUCAGACUAUUCAGAUGUCCCAGGAUGAGCACAAUCGGGUUGAAUCUCAUGAGAAAUCUCCUGAAACAAAGUUGUCCAGUCUCAGUUCUCCAGCAAAAGUGCCUUUGAACUCUUUAUCCCCAACUGUUCUUGAAAAGAUGCCUGAUACAUCGACACCAAGUGACAAUACUUCUCAUUUCAGCCGUUUCUACCUUUCCAAGCUUGAUAUUUCAGAAGAAUUAGUGCUGCCAGAGUUGUAUGACCAGUGUAUGUGCGCUCUUAAUGUCGACAAGGAUGUAUCCACUGAUGCAGUUGCUAGUGCCAAACUUUUCUCGAAGAAUGGAAUGAGAGCACGACAGAAAUAUGCUGCCACUUUAUCAAGGCAUUCGCCUUUUCCAGCUAUUGAUAAUUCUAUCUUCCAGAGAGCCAUGGACCUUUACAAGAAGCAGAGUGUGAAACUGCCUAAAAUGGGUGAGGUAGAUAUCAUUGCAGCAUCCGACCAGAUGCAAGUGGAUGAGCCAGUUCCUUUUCCCAUUUUGGAGAAUGGGCAGGUUCCUGUAUCAGCUUCUGAUGGAAUAAAAGAUGUGCUAAUAACUUCAUUAGAACCCAAGAAAGUGGAAACUCUAUCUCCUGCAAAGGAGCAUUUGGAAGAGAUCAAUCAAUCGUGUAGCCAAAUGGAGCAAGAUCAUGAUUGUGCCCAUUCUUUGAAGAUAGGCAUGUCUAGUCCAUCUUCUGGUCACAAGAACCAAGAAGAAGCUGUAGCAGGUUCGCGUGAGAAAGAGGACAAAGUCGCUUCUAAUAAGGUGAAUUCGGGGGAUGCAGAGGAGAAUUACUCCAUGGCAUUCGAAAAUAAAGCUCAGUUGGCUCCCACUUUGCACGAAGAGGGUGAGAACGUGAAUAGUGAAGCCAAAACUACUGGUUUUGCCCAUUGUGCAGAAAAAGAGUUGGGUUUUGGUGACACAAGGGUUAAUCACUUAAUUUUUGAGGAUGGGUCUCCCAAAGCUUGUGAUGCUUUGAUACCUGGUUCAAAUGAGUCUGAGUCGCUAAUUUUAAGCCGGAUACAUCAUUCUCCUGAAAGUACACAUUGAGACAAUUUCUAAAUCUUUCAUUGCUUUUUAUCCAUCAGGUUUUAAUUUCCUCCCCCUUUUUUGUUGCUUUCUUUCUGAGCGAGGAAAUAAAAAGAAAUGGCAUUCGUAUUCUAGAAUAGCGCUUUUCAGACCCUCCGUGCAUGUGUUUCCUAGCAUUUCAUCCCUCCUACUUCAGCAUUUCUGCAUGAGCAUGCCGUAGCAGCAAGUAUUUCUCUUCUAAGUUGCACUUCCUUCUACCCGAAUGCAAUGGGCUUAACGCGGCUCGGAAAUCCAGUUCAUUUCUAUUAAAUAUUUUCCAAAUAAAUAUUAAGCUGGCACUAUUCAUUACUUCUCUGGUUUUAUUUCAUGUUUGUGCAUUUACAACCCAUUUUUCCCCAACAAUUUAUUUAAGCCACAUUCUCUUCCGUUUUUUUACUGAUUAUUUUUUAAGUUGCUACUUUGUCCCAGUAUACUUGUCUCUGGUUGUUUUAAAGUUUGAUUCG